GGCGAGCAACCACAUUUACGCGAAAGUAGCUGCCACCCGCCCCCUUCGGUCUAUACUGGUAUAGAGACUGGUCAUCUUCCUACGUCUUUGUGAUCACUAGCUACGGCCGGAUCGGCCCCAGGUCCCAACCCCCUGCUUCCAACAUCCAGAUCGACCGCAGAUUAUGAGACGACCUGUAGAAUCACGACGGCCCCGCAGGACAACCUGGUACCCUUGCAGUUGCUGCUACAGCGCACAUUCCAGUGGCACUUCACAUGAGCAACGGACGUCUUUUCGAGACGAGAUAUGUAGUUUAUCCCAGAGAAGCCCCAGUCCCGGUCCCAAUCGUUUCAACCAAUCAAGUGCAUUCCAUUCCAAAUGUCAUAUGCUGACCCCCGAACGAUCUACGACCACUACUACCUUUCCUCCCUACCAAACUGAGUACCGAUUUCCCACGAAUGGCGUCGGCACGCAGCAAGAACCUGCAGAUAUCGGGCCGUCAGUCUCAGUCUAUCGGUGCCAGUUUCACUGGCACCUCGUUGAUCCGACGGCGAUCGGAAGAAGGUGCACCAAAACCUUCCUCCAAAUAGGGGCCACUGCUUUCAAACUUGUCCCCAUCGCCAAUCUUGAUCGGAUCCCAAACACUCUUCUGGCAUGGAUUAAAAUCUGAGGUCUGUGAAUCGUCACAACGACCAUGAUCAUGGCCGUUUCUCAAACUACAUAAAGUACAAGACUCGGUGCUUGAGCCCCUUCGGAAGUGGACUGGAGAAAUCCCCCCGGAGCUUAAAACUCUAGCGUAA